AUGUUGUUACGAAGGUAUUGCUUAUUUGAGGCAAAAAGCGCACUUUUCGGAAUUUACGCUACAAUUCCAACAAAAGAUGGUUCUGUUCUUCCAUUGAAUACAUAUAUGUCAACGAAAAAACCACCUCGUGCAUUGUAUAUUCCGCCAGCAUUAAGAAACAAUGUGAACGAUGAUCUUAUCAUUUCUAAUGAGGUCGGGAAACGAUCAUCUAUCUCAGAAUCUUCGAUGGCAUAUGUUUCUGUAAAUCAACAUACCGAUGACAUAGAACAAUGCUUCAAGUCACUGGAGCUUUCUGAUAAUUCCACUGAGGUAUAUAAUGAUGGCUCCAAGAAGAACGUUUUCAACCCAAAAGUAUUAUCAAAAAACGAGCAGUCUCUUGAUCACAAAACUGAACCACCAUUAAAGUUAAGUGAUUUUCAGCAUAUCCUUGAAUUGUAUAAUUUUUCAAAAGAUGUUGGAAAUUGUCAAUUAGAAUCUGAACUCGCAGGAUUUCAAGAUAGUGGAUUUUACCUAAAAUGGGUGGAUGAUGAACACUGCUUGGCUGUAUUUUCAUCUAACGAUGAAGCAAAUCGUGCACUGGCUCAAAUAUCAGGACUUUUUAUCAAGGCAAGAAAAAUAGACGAUGCUUCUUUAGCUAGUAAAAAGAAGAUUGCACAUUCACCUGGUGAUUGGUGUAUGCCGUAUAAAAAGCGCCCAUUAACAACUAGUUCAACAGCUCAUCGAUUAAUUUCAAGUCAUUUAGGCAUUGCGUCGUCUAAUAAAAAGAAAUCAAUUGAAGAUACGACGAGGGAAGAACAAAAUAAAGCUUUAUUACGAGAAGCACGUGCUCGUGCAGAAGCAAUUCGUCAAGCACAAAAAGCCAUAUGGGAAGGUGAUGACUAAGAAAUCAGCGGAUAGUGUGUGUAAACCUCUUAUUGUUGUACAAAAACUGUCUAUCGAUCUUGUCUUUAUUUUGCUAUGCAUUAUGCAUUUUUAACUUGUAUUAUUUCACUAAUUAUCAUUAAUAAUAUGUAAGCAGAUUUUGUCCCAUUGGUCCUUGUUUUUUUUCCUUCGGUGAUUUUUAUUCAUCCUAUAUACAUUGGGGUAUAAUAUUAUUGGUUAGUCAGUUAACAAAUACUAUGUCAACUAAACUGUUCAACUGUCAUAUAUAUUUAAAAAAAGCAACAACUACAGAUUUAGCAGAAUAAAAUGGUACCAUAUUUUAUUUUGUCGCCUUCUCUUCAGCUGCUUACAGGGCAAAAACAUUAUUAAAUGUAUCUACGAUAACAAUUUAACAUACUUACACAGAGUUCAUUUUAAACAGAAAUCAAUCGAUCAAUGUACACAUACACUAAUAAUAUAUAUAUAUAUAUAUGCAAUAUUGAACACAAUUCCGAGCAAUAAUAAUCAUACAAAAUGAAAACUUUUCAGUAUCUCGCAUUAGGAUGAAAAAUAUCCAGUUACCAGGGCAAAGAAAGACUGAUAACUGCUUCUUUCUGAACGCACAAAUCAGGUUUUAGGCGCUUGAUAGAAAAGGCUUCAGCAAACUAAAGGAGCAUUGAACUCUUUUGCUUAUUGAUAAUUUUGAAUGACUUUUCGACGUCCACUUCAUGAUCCGUGUCAAGAAGAUGCCUGGCGAUGGCACUGCCUAAAGCAUUUGUUCCCUUUAGACGUAAGCUUUUUGGUACAUGUUCAGAAAAUCGUAGAUAUGCUCUUCUUUCUGUUCUUCCAAUGUAACUGCUCCACCGCAGAUACAUGUAAAUUUGUAUAUACAGUUGGAGUUAACAUGAGAAGGAUAUCUAUCGAUUUUUGCCCUGUAAGCAGCUGAAGAGAAGGCGACGAAAUAAAAUAUGGUACCAUUUUAUUCUGCUAAAUCUGUAGUUGUUGCUUUGUUUAAAUUCAUUAAGGGGAACAAAUGUAUGAAAUGUCAUAUAAAAUCACUGAGACGUAAUAUUUUCAAUGGAUGCUUAUUUUUUUUGUAUUUUUGUAUUUAUUAUAAGUAAAUUCAUUAUUUAUUGUAUGUGAUGACAUUGUGUGGACAUAUAUUUUUUUUCUGCUGUAUAUGGGGGUAUUGUUUUUGUUGCUCCUCCCCCCCCUCCUGUCUUCUCCGCUGACUGACUUCCAUGUUAUACUUAUUUAUUUAUCCUUUCUGUUUUUGUUUUUUUCUAAACAAGCCUUUCAUAGAGUGAAAUAUUUUGAAAUCUACAGUAUUUUUAACGCCUUGAAUGAUAAUAAUAAUAUAUCUGAAGUGUAAUCAUCACUCACAGUAGAGAUCCCAUUAUUCUUAUAUGUAUAUAUCAUCCUAAUGUCAACUAGAUUCACUCAUGCGGCUUUUUAUAGUCUGAGUGAGUGAAUGAGUUGUGUUGUCCCACUGUGACCUAAACGACAGCUGACUUUCAAAUUGUUGUUUUGUGUUGGGUCAUGCAGUGUCUAUCAACGUUUGAAUAGCAACAUAUCAGCAUCAGCCUUCACACAACUAGUAUAAAUCAUUUCUCUCUGUAUGUAUGUAUGUAUGUGUGCAUGCAUACAAAUGUUCUCAUGGUUACUGAAGUGAACUGUUCCAUCUUUUUUAUUACCUAAAAGUCUACUAUGAUAUUUGAAUAAAUGCGGUAAAGUAUCAUGAACUCACCCUUUUUUUAGUUGUUUUAUUUAACCUACUUAUUAGUAGUAAUGUAUUGUGUGUUUUCAUUUAAGUAGAGAAUUUCCUUAUUCUUUGAUUUGUAAUGAAUAAUAUAUGUAUAUGUAUAUAUAUAUAUAUAUAUAUAUA